GAGAUGCUGAGCAUAUGCUUGUAGAAUGAAUGAACACAGAUGAAGAAUAAAUAAAUUGCUUCAUACAUUUAUGUCUGCAUUUCUUCAAUAGUGAGUGCCUAAUACAUACAUAGACACCAACCUGUCCCUCUACACUCUAAUAUCAUUCCUCUCCCCCUUUUCUCUUCGUCUUCUCCUUUUCCUUUCCCAGUGCCACAGAGCUAGACAGUGCCCUGCAAGGCAGGAUGCAAAGACACAGAAGCAGGGCAGUGGAAACACCGUGGAAAAGAGCCAGAUGAAAUAAGGGCAAAGACAGCUGUACAACAGAGGGAAAUCAACCAGAAUGAAAAGCAGUGAUUCAUGGAGCACUGCAACUCAGACACUCCUUGGGUUUCAUUUGAGAGCUGCUGCAGGAUUGGGGUCAGUGAGGGCUGGCACCAGGAUGAAGGGCAGACAGGCUCCUCCUCCCUGGAGAUGUGGUGCCGGUCAAUCCCUCCCCUUAAUCCUUUUCUACCCACCCCACUUCCACUCCUCCCUCACACUGACCAGUGUCCUGGGCCUUUAAGAGUUGGAUGGGCUGAACAGAGGAGAGAGCUCACACCUCUCCCCACCCUACUCCUUCCAUCUGGCUGUAACUCUGCCAGUGACAGCAGCAAACUGCAGUAGAAGAGGGGAGGAAGCCAGCGAGUGCAAGAGGAGCAACGGAGAAAAGGAGCCCGGCCGGGCUUCCUCGUCCCACAGUGGAGAGAGUCGCAGAGCUCAGACACAGGACUGCUAUCCUGCCACGGUGACUCUGGCAUCAGUUGGUAAAGCAGUGGGUGAUGGCGUCCCUGCUGCAGGGCCGGCUGCCCAUCAAUCAAGACCUACUGCUGAUGCAGAAAGGCACGAUGAUGCGGAAGGUGAGGUCCAAAAGCUGGAAGAAGCUAAGAUACUUCAGACUUCAGGACGAUGGCAUGACAGUCUGGCAUGCCCGGCAGGCCGGAGGCAGGGCCAAGCCCAGCUUCUCAAUCUCUGACGUGGACACAGUGCGUGAGGGCCAUGAGUCUGAGUUGCUGCGCAACCUGGCAGAGGAGCUCCCCCUGGAGCAGGGCUUCACCAUCGUCUUCCACGGCCGUCGCUCCAACCUGGACCUGGUGGCCAACAGUGUUGAGGAGGCCCAGGUCUGGAUGCAGGGGCUCCGACUGUUGGUGGACUUUGUCACUAGCAUGGACCAACAAGAGCGACUGGACCAAUGGCUGAGUGAUUGGUUCCAGCGUGGAGACAAAAACCAGGAUGGUCGCAUGAGUUUCAGAGAGGUCCAGCGGUUACUGCACCUGAUGAAUGUGGAAAUGGACCAAGAACAUGCCUUCCAGCUUUUCCAGACAGCAGACGCAUCCCAGUCUGGAACUCUGGAGGGAGAAGAAUUUGUAAAUUUCUAUAAGUCAUUGACUCAACGUGCUGAGGUGCAGGAACUGUUUGAAAACUUUUCAUCUGAUGGGCAGAAGCUGACACUGCUGGAAUUUGUGGAUUUCCUCCAAGAGUGGCAGAAAGAAGGAGAACAUGCUUCUGACCUUGCCCUGGAACUUAUCGACCGCCAUGAGCCUUCAGAUAGUGGCAAACUGCGGCAUGUGCUGAGCAUGGAUGGCUUCCUGAGCUACCUCUGUUCGAAGGAUGGAGACAUCUUCAAUCCGAUCUGCCUCCCUAUCUACCAGGAUAUGACUCAACCCCUGAACCACUACUACAUCAACUCAUCCCACAAUACCUACCUAGUGGGAGACCAGUUUUGUGGCCAGAGCAGCGUGGAGGGAUAUAUACGGGCCCUGAAGCGGGGAUGCCGCUGCGUGGAGGUGGAUAUAUGGGAUGGACCUAGCGGGGAACCUAUUGUUUACCAUGGACACACCCUGACCUCUCGCAUCCCAUUCAAAGAUGUUGUGACUGCUAUAGCACAGUAUGCCUUCCAGACAUCAGACUAUCCAGUCAUCUUGUCCCUGGAGAACCACUGCAGCUGGGAACAGCAGGAGGUCAUAGCACACCAUCUGACCGAGAUCCUGGGGGAGCAGCUGCUGAGCACCACCUUGGAUGGGCAGCUUCCCACUCAGCUGCCCUCCCCUGAGGAGCUUCGGGGGAAGAUUCUGGUAAAGGGGAAGAAGUUAAAAACACUUGAGGAGGACUUUGAGGAAGAGGAAGAAGAGCCAGAAUCUGAACUGGAAGGGGAGCAGGAGGCUGAGCUGGAGCUGGAGGCCCAGUUUGAGUCUGAGCCCCACGAGUUGAGCCCUCGCAGUAAGGACAAAAAUGACAAGAAAUCCAAGCCCAUCUUGUGUCCAUCCCUCUCUUCCCUGGUUGUCUACUUGAAGGCUGUCUCAUUCUACAGCUUUGCUCAUUCAAGGGAGCACUACCGCUUCUAUGAAAUGUCAUCUUUCUCUGAAGCCAAGGCCAAGAGCCUCAUCAAGGAGGCUGGCAAUGAGUUUGUGCAGCACAACACCUGGCAGCUAAGCCGCGUGUAUCCCAGUGGCCUGAGGACAGAUUCAUCCAACUAUAACCCCCAGGAAUUCUGGAAUGCAGGCUGCCAGAUGGUGGCUAUGAAUAUGCAGACUGCGGGGCUUGAGAUGGACCUUUGUGAUGGGCUCUUCCGCCAGAAUGCGGGCUGUGGCUAUGUGCUGAAGCCAGACUUCCUGCGUGAUGCCCAGAGCUCCUUCCACCCUGAGAGGCCCAUCAGCCCUUUCAAAGCCCAGGUCCUCCUAAUCAAGGUUAUCAGUGGUCAGCAACUCCCCAAAGUGGACAAGAACAAAGAGGGGUCCAUUGUGGAUCCACUGGUGAGAGUGGAGAUCUUUGGCGUUCGCCCAGACACAGCCCGGCAAGAGACCAGCUACGUGGAGAACAAUGGUUUUAACCCAUACUGGGGGCAGACCCUAUGCUUCCGGAUCCUGGUACCUGAACUGGCCCUGCUGCGUUUUGUGGUAAAAGACUAUGACUGGAAGUCCCGAAAUGACUUCAUUGGUCAGUACACCCUGCCCUGGAACUGCAUGCAACAAGGUUACCGCCACAUACACCUGCUCUCCAAGGAUGGCAUCAGCCUCCACCCAGCCUCCAUCUUCGUGCACAUCUGCACCCAGGAAGAGCUAGAGGGGGCUGACUCUUAAGGAGGGCCCUUCAUAGGAUGGAUGGGUGCGUUGGCUUUAGAUGGUAAGAAAAACCUGGAAGGAUGCUCCAGAAAGCAAACAGAAGUGAUGAAAACCAAGCUUUGGGCAUUCCUAGGCACAAAACUACAUCUUCCCCGCUAUGCAAAUCUAGGACCUGAUUUUUCACCCUUUUUCUCUUCCCUUUCUUCGUUUUCACAAGCCUUUGGUAUCAUUACUGUCUUUCCCUCUACAUACCCUAUACUGGAGUUCCUUCCUUCCUCUUGCUGUAGGCUCAGUAUCAUACCCAGAUCUAGGACUACUCAUUCCCACCAACUCUGGCUCAAAGGCAGAUUGCAACUAGAAACCCAGAGAGGGGCUUGGGGCAGAGAAACCCAAAGAGGCACUAUCUCCUCCACCCCUAACUUCCUCAAAGUCCAGAGCCAAGGGAAGGACAGAUCAAGCCUCAAGUCUCCCCAAGCAAAGGCUGGGGAAGGAGACCUGAACGCAGGACUAUACUGUGACUCAAGAGAACACUGCAGACCCCUCAGAGUCCCCACUGGACUGCUUCUCCUUAGCCCCACUGGUAUAAAUAGAGCUUCU